AUGUACACGAAAGUCAAUGUGGUUACAGAGGAAUUAACCUCACUGAAGUUCUAUGUGGUCCCAGAGGAACCAACCUACACGAAAGUCAAUGUGGUUACAGAGGAACUAACCUCACUGAAGUUCUAUGUGGUCCCAGAGGAACCAACCUACACGAAAGUCAAUGUGGUUACAGAGGAACUAACCUCACUGAAGUUCUAUGUGGUCCCAGAGGAACCAACCUCCACGAAAGUCAAUGGUUACAGAGGAACUAACCUCACUGAAAGUUUCUGUGGUCCCAGAGGAACCAACCUACACAAAAGUUCAACCUGUGAAGUUCUGUGGUCCCAGAGGAACCUAACGAAAGUCAAAAUGUGGUUACAGGAGGAACUAACCUCACUGAAGUUCUAUGUGGUCCCAGAGGAACCAACCUACACGAAAGUCAAUGUGGUUACAGAGGAACUAACCUCACUGAAGUUCUAUGUGGUCCCAGAGGAACCAACCUUCACGAAAGUCAAUGUGGUUACAGAGGAACUAACCUCACUGAAGUUCUAUGUGGUCCCAGAGGAACCAACCUACUGA